AUGUCCGCUUUUACAAAAAGUGAAAUACUUAUUUUUGAGCUCGGGAGACACAGUACUCCUCAGAAUAAAUUGUUCAGACUGGGCCAAGGACAAAAGCUGAGGCUUAUCCCAGCUGAUGAGCUAGUAGGUUAUAAAGUUUCUGUACAUACAAGCUUUGCGACUUCGCCCGAACUCAAAGCUAGUGUUCAAAAAUCACUUUUCCCUGAGUCAAUAAUUUAUAGUACGAAAGUUCAAUUUGCGGAAAUAACAACACAUAGAGCAGGAAACUUUAAAGUGCUAUGGACCUAUUGUUUAGGUCAAGAAAAUGAUACUAUAGAAGAGUGCUUUGUUGUCGAACCAAAAAUAUCAUUGAAUGGAAAGAGACUUCCCUUAGGGGCUAUUUGCUUGCAAACGGUUUUAGUUAAAGCUCUAGGACAUAUAUCAGAAUGGAAAGAAAGACUCAAAGUUACUUCAAAAUGCAGCUUUAACUUUGUACACUUCACUCCCCUUCAACAAUUAGGGGCUUCUCGAUCUUCCUAUUCUAUUAAAAAUCAACUGGAUCUUAAUAAAGAAUGCUUUAAGAACGUUUACUCUCCCGUAAAAGAACUCAAAAACGUUUUAAACUGGCUCGAAUUUGAACAAGGUGUUCUAUCUCUUACUGAUGUUGUUUGGAACCACACUUCGUUUGAUAGCCCGUGGCUACUUGAUCAUCCUGAAUGUGGCUAUAAUUUAUCAAACAGUCCAUAUUUGUUACCUGCUUUUCUUCUAGAUGAGGCUUUGCAGCGCUUUUCUCAGAAAAUUGCGAAACCUUGUCAGUCUUCAAAUACUAACUUUAAAGAUGUUUCUCCCGUCAUUAAUAGUGAGAGCGAUAUUGACUAUUUGUUAACGGUUUUCGCCAAUUCUGUUUUGCCUGAAUUAAAAUUAUGGGAAUUCUUUGUGAUCAAUAUGAACAACACCCUUAAUCACUUUCAAAAUUGUCUUAAAGACAAAGAGCCACGUGAACUUUCUUCUUCGGAAUCUUCACCUUCUUAUGAGUUGUGUUUUGAAUCCAAAGAAUUAAGAAAAAGUGUGACAACUCACUUGGGUACACGCGAUGCAGUUACAAUCGAAAUCACUAAAGCAAUCGAGUUGUUUUAUUAUAAACUUAGUAAACACGAAACAAAAGAGCAAUAUAUGGUUCGAUGUAUGAAUGAAUAUAAAAGAGCUGUUGACUUAAUAAAUUUGGAGUUUUACGAAGUUUAUGAUAAUGAUAUAAGCGCGGCUUUGAGUAAUAUUAGAUAUACUAUCCGAUACGAACGUUUAGAGCGAACUGGCCCCUUAUUUGGCCCAAUAACGCUUAAACGCCCUCUAAUAGCCAGUUAUUUCACGCGACUUGAACCUUCUCAACUUAAGAUAGACAAUGAAUUGUUGGACUGCACCACUUCCAACUACGACUUUAAGUAUGUGUUGGCGAAUAACGGCUGGAUCAUGGGUGGCAGCAAUCCCUUGAUGGACUUUGCAGCGGCGGACAGUAAAGUUUAUUUUCGAAGAGAAGUUAUUAUUUGGGGCGACUGUGUUAAACUGCGCUAUGGCGGGCAACCCUCUGACUGUCCGUUUCUAUGGGACCACAUGGCUGAGUACACAAAAUUUUCUGCAACGCACUUUCAUGGGUUUAGAAUUGACAAUUGCCACGGAACUCCGAUUCACGUGGCCGAACACCUAUUGAAUGUUGCCCGGCAAGUGCGCCCCAAUCUCUAUGUCAUAGCCGAGCUGUUUACAGGUUCAGAGGACGUGGAUAAUAUAUUUGUCAAACGUCUGGGAAUUGACUCUCUUGUAAGAGAGGCAAUGUCCGCUCCCGACUGCCGAGAGCUCGGCAGGCUUAUCCACCGGUAUGGAGGAGAACCUAUUGGUUCAUUUCCUCAAUGCAUGAAGGAGUGCUCAAUAAUUAAGGAAAAGAGAGCACGUGCUCUCCUUACGGAUGCAACUCAUGACAACGAGCCUCCGCUGACUAAACGGACGGUUUGGAAUGUCUUACCAAACAUGUGCAUUGUUACUAUGGCUUCUUGUGCGAUUGCAAGCAAUAGAGGGUAUGACGAACUCGUCCCUCAUUAUAUUGACGUCGUCAACGAGGAAAGGCUUUAUGCCCCCUUUAAGGAAGAGAGUAAUGCAUGUGCCCACGCAGUAUCCAUGGAGGAUGGUUUACUUGGCGUAAGAAAAGUUUUAAAUGAACUGCACAUAAAAAUGGCGGAGGAAAACUUCAGCGAAAUCUACGUUGAUCAAGUCAACAAUGAUGUUAUAACAAUAACUCGUCAUUCUCCACUAACAAGACAGUCUUUUAUUAUGGUGACCAACUCGGCCUUCACGGAAAGGUCAGGCCCUUAUAACCAAAUUGUCUCUCCAAUUGCUGUUUCUGGAGAAAUUGAAGAAGUAUUGUUGGUGGCUUAUCUUGUUUUAGAAGAAAGCGACUCGAGCUCUAAUGAAAGAAGAAGAAGUCUUUUGUCAACAAAUAGAGUUUUAUCAAAUUUUAAAAGAGACAAAAAUUUUAUUAAUGGGAUAAAAGAAGUCAAAGUUUGCCUUCAAACACACCUGCAAGUUAAUGAUCACAAUAUUAAAAUGUUCCAAAGUUCGUCUUUUGUAGAGAACGGAGCUUUAAAAACUUUAGUUUAUGUAACGCCUGAAAAUUUUAUACCUGGAAGCGUUUUUAUAAUAAAGACGAAAGUUUCUGCCGAAGCAGAGAAGGCUUUGAAAAGCUUAACUUUACCAUUAAAUAAAAACGACCUUCUUUUAAAUUCAAUAAAAGAAUUAUCAUUGAUUGAGUUGAACUUCAUACUUUUCCGUUGCGCCAGAGAAGAGGAGGUUGAAGAGAGCGGAAAUAGCACGUACUACGUCCCAAACUUUGGGUCUUUAACGUACGCAGGACUUCAGGGUUUUAUCACCGUUUUAAAAAAUAUUGCUUUAACGAAUGAUUUGGGACAUCCACUUUGCACCAAUCUCCGUCAAGGACUUUGGGCUGCAGGAUAUAUUAUAAACCGCUUAAGCCGAUACAAGUGGUCUAAAAAACUCGGACACGUAGUUAAAGAACUUCUCAUGCUAUUAAGCCACAUCCCUUACUUUUUAGUCCCUUGCUACUUCUACCUUUUACUCAUGCAACUAUGGGACCUUUUACUGCUUCAUGCAUUUAGUUUGAUGUCAGUUUUUAUUCAAAAAGGUGACGACUUUACCCAGAAUCUCGCGCUUGUUAGCCUACAGAUGGUUGGAAGUCUCAAAUCCAUUGCGUGCAGAGACCCUUCCCUACCACCACAGAAUGAUGUAGACUUGAGCAUUACCAUGGCGGCCGGCCUUCCUCAUUUUUGUGUGGGCUUUAUGAGGACUUGGGGUAGGGAUACCUUCAUCUCGCUUCGAGGAUUGCUUCUUCUCACAGGAAGAUAUGCAGAAGCGCGUUCUUUAAUUAUUGGCUUCGCUGGCACUAUUCGGCAUGGCCUGAUCCCUAAUCUGUUGGAUUCAAGCAGAAACAGUCGAUACAACUGUCGUGAUGCUGUCUGGUUUUGGCUUCAAGCAAUUCAGGAAUAUUGUAAACUCUCUAACGAAGGAGAAAACUUUUUAAAAGCGAAAAUCCAUCGACUUUAUCCUAGUGAUGAUAUAAAAAAAUACAGAAAACAGGACCGAUACAUUUUCUCUGGAAACGAAUACGCCAAUAUUGAGUUACAUGACUUAAUACAUUAUGUGUUACAAGAGCAUGCCCGAGGAAUUCACUUUGAAGAAUGGGGCGCCGGUGUUAAUUUAGAUAGCAAUAUGUUAAAAGAAGGCUUUAAAAUUGAUAUCUCCUUAAACUCUGAGACUGGAUUAAUUCAAGGUGGAAACGCUUUUAACUGUGGAACUUGGAUGGAUAAAAUGGGGGAGUCGGAAAAGGCAAAGAUAAAAGGAAAACCCUCCACCCCACGUGAUGGAGCCUCUAUUGAAAUCAGUGGUUUAUUAAAAUCGACUUUACGUUGGAUAGGCGAAUUAAACCAGAAGGAUCCCUCCUUGUUUGGCCACUACUCUGUUAAGCUUCUAGAUCAAUCAACCUUGAGCUAUGCGGCUUGGAAUAAAAGGCUUUUAGAGAAUUUUGAAAAACACUUUUAUAUUUUGAAUGCUGACAACGAGCAUGUGCACAGAAAAAAUAUUUAUAAAGACACUGUGGGAAGCUCCAAUGUCUAUACAGACUACCAGCUACGCCCAAACAUCUGCAUUGCCAUGGUAGUGGCUCCUGAACUUUUCGUUAGGAACCACGCGAUUGCCUGCCUUGAAAACAUGGAAAGUGUUUUGUUGGGGCACUACGGCAUGAAAACCCUUGAUCCCGAGGACUGGGCUUACCGGGGAGAUUACAAUAAUGAUAAUGAUACUUACGAUCCUUCUGUUGCUAAAGGAGCUAAUUACCACCAGGGCCCAGAGUGGAUUUGGACGUUGGGAUACUUCCUGCGAGCUUUGUUAAUUUUCCACUCGGGAAAAUCAGAAACCACAUCUAAAGUUCUCCGUAUUCUGCAAGCUCAUCGCUGGGCAAUAAAAGCUUCGGAUUGGAAAGGACUUCAUGAACUCACCAAUGCUGGAGGGAAGUUUUGCUCAUACAGCAAUCCUACACAAGCUUGGAGUAGCGCAUGUAUUCUGGAAUGCUUGUGGGAUCUUGACAAUAUUAAUAAAAACUGUUUUAACUGUUAUAUAUAA